AGAGUCCUGCAGCUCACUCAAGGGGCAACGGCGACAUCGUCGGGACUAUGAAAAAUAAGAAUCGGUUUUACUCUUUAUGGGAAUGAAACAGGAGGUGUUAAGAUGUUCAAACACCAGAUAGAUUAUAGCUUUUGCAAGGAAUCAGGUUACUGCAUUAACCACGCGUACUGAACACGCAAACAAACACUCUCUGAUAACAUUUAAUCAUUGUCUUUGAUACUGAUUGGUCUACCCCAGAGACAGCCUUCUUCAUGGCCUAGUCUCACCAGUGUCAGACCAGAGAACAACACCAAAAGGCGACCAGUACAAAGACAAUGCAGUGUCAAGAGCAUUUAUAGCUCGGGGUGAGUAGCUAUAUCAUUGGACCUUUUUGCCAGAAUCAAAGUAUAAAAAAUAGGAAUCGGUUUUACCCUUUCUGGCAAUAAAACAGGAGCUGUUAAGAUGUUCACACACCAAAUAGAUGAUUCCUUUUUGCAAGGAAUCAAGUUACUGCAUUAACCACGCGUACUUGUGUUGAACACGCAAACAAACACGCUCUGAUAGUAAUCACAUCGUCAGGACUGUGUUACGAGGACCCGGUGUGUUGCUAUGCUGCACGGGUGUACUGCCAAUACGUACAAAUAACAAUGACCGACUGCCUCCUUGCGCAGGGAUGAACCCGGCCCAGCCCGAGUUCAUGCGCGCACGCGGCAAGCGCAGGGCGAGGGGGAAUAGAGCGGAGUGCGGGCGGUCGAGCGACUCCGACGAGGAGUGGACGGGGAGGAGGAAGAGGAAGGAGGUGGCGAUGCACGGAGGACGAAGAGGCAAACGAGGAGGCAAGGGGGCUGCUUCACGCUGGGCCACCGUGGGAGAGUCUCACGCGAGGGCAGCUUCCAGCAAGCGCAAGACUAAAGCGGAAGCCCUGGAGUACGUGUGGAGCAUCUUGCAGGGCGUGGAGGAGGAGGAGCAGCAGGAGGAGGAGUUCAGGGGAUUUGAGCUGAGGGAGGUGCACAAGGCCAGGAUGGCGAUGUUCAGGCUGGAGCGCAGAGCCACCGCCUGCAAGGAGGCCCUGAGGGUGGCGCUCCAGAGGAUACGUGGAGGCUCCUCCGUGCCGCCGGCCUCCGCCCAGGCUGUGGCGGUGUCGCGCAGCGCUCGCUCUCGCUACGGCCUGCGCCCGCGCGAGAGGAAAGUCUACACAGAGGUGGAGGAGCCCCAGGACGACGACUUCUUCUUCUGCGAGCUGUGCAGGGAUUUCUACCUGGGGGAGUGCUCCGUGCACGGCCCGCCAGAGUUCAUUGCAGACGCGGCCGUGGCCCCGGGAGUGGCCAACAGGGCCCGGCUCAGCCUGCCCCAGGGCCUCACCGUCGGCGCCUCCUCCAUCGCCGGCGCCGGCCUCGGGGUGUGGAGCAACAGGAAGAAGCUGCCCAAGGGGGUGAUUUUUGGGCCCUACCAGGGAGAGGUGUCUGAGGAGAACCCCGUGAGCGAGUACUGCUGGCUGAUUUACAAAAACAAAAAGGAUCGUGAAUAUGUUGAUGCUCAGGAUGAAUCUAAAUCAAACUGGAUGAGGUUCGUCAACUGCGCGAGGAAUGAGCAGGAGCAGAACCUGGUGGCCUUCCAGCACCGAGGGCAGAUUUACUACCGCACAUUCCGUGCCGUGGGGCCCGGCUCUGAGCUGCUGGUCUGGUACGGCGAGGAGUUCGCCCAGGAGCUGGGCAUCGCCUGCGAGGCCGGGCCCUCGCGACGCCGCAGCAGCAGCAGCAGCGAGAUGGCUCCUAGGGCCACCGCCAGAGACCUGCAGCCCGUGCAGCCUCCACCAAGCGAGGAACACCGUGGAGUGGGUGUGGAGGUCACAAGGCUGCCGUGUCCUGCCUGCAACCGUCAGUUCAUCUGCCGCUCGAGUCUACAGUAUCACGUGCAGAGCAGACACCCCACUAAGCCCAGUAACAAAAGUCAUCAGUGUGACCAAUGUCCAUACAGCACAGACUACAAGAGUACCUUGAAGAAGCACCAGAGAACACACACGGGAGAGAAGCCGUUCAAGUGCACCGUGUGUGAGAAGGCGUUUGCACGGCUAUCACAUCUUCACAGCCACCAGAGAACACACACGGGAGAGAAGCCGUUCAAGUGCACCGUGUGUGAGAAGGCAUUUGCACAUUUACAACAUCUUCACAGCCACCAGAGAACACACACGGGAGAGAAGCCGUUCAAGUGCACCGUGUGUGAGAAGGCAUUUGCACAUUUACAACAUCUUCACAGCCACCAGAGAACACACACGGGAGAGAAGCCGUUCAAGUGCACUGUGUGUGAGAAGGCGUUUGCACAGCUAUCAGAUCUUCACAGGCACCAGAGAACACACACGGGAGAAAAGCCGUUCAAGUGCACCGUGUGUGAGAAGGUGUUUGCAGACCCAUCCAGUCUUUGCCGGCACCAGAGAACACACACCGGCCAGAAUGCAUUUUCUCAUUCCCGUGGAAACAGAAAAGUCAGCCAUCCUGAGCAAAACGCGCACAGCGCCGAGCUGUGAAUUAGUUUUAAACAACAGGCCACGUGACUAGCCGAGGCUGUGCCACUCUUGAAACUGAUUUUGAAUGUGAACACGGAAACCUACGGACCCUCCUACACCUGCCUCACACUCUGUGGGGGGUGGGAGAUUAAACCGACCUGGCCACCCCUCGAUUGCAAGUGCGGAGUUCUAGGUCCCAACCACUGCACGUGUCCCCCCCCCACCCCCAUCACCUGGGGGUCCCUGUGUGUGUGAGUGUGCAGAGUCCCCCGUGCAGAGCUGCACUGUUGUUACCCUAGAGGGGGACACCGCAGGGCGAUCCACCUACAGAUACCCCAGUCUGCACGUCUCCCGCCGGUCUCCAUGCGCACCGCGUGCCGUCUCGUAGCCCUGCCCCGUGCGACGUACGUACAGUACGUACAGUACGUACCCAUCCAGCGGUAGACUGAACCGCGGCCGAUGACGAAGGUGGCAUCCGCUCACAAAUCUCCGUGCACUCAGUCCCGUAGCCCUGAGCCAUCGCUUGCGCGAUAUUCACUUUGCCGCUGAGAGGAAAGCUACGGGGAGGAGGUGGGGGGGGGUGUUAGGAGAGGACAUCUGUGGAACGGCUGGAGAUCUGCGAAGAAGAGCUUCAUAGCUCAUCGGAUUCCUGCGGUCUGAAAAAAUAUUCCGAGAGGGCGUUGGGGGAGGGGGGUGUAGGUAUGAUUGGGGCAUCUGCACUUGGAUCACCCUGCGUGUUGUUGCUGCCUCCCCCGUUGAAAAUGUUCCCAGCGUGAACUUAACCCUUUGCCGUCGCGACGACGCCGCGCGCCGUGCGUGAACGUCGUCGUCGGAAUAACAAAACGCAGUAAAAACUAAAGCAACAUUAUCGGUACCGAGGCUCCCACAGGGCCACGCGGGGCAGGGAGUGUGGCACAGUUUUCGCGCCGGCUAGCGCAGAGUGGCGGCGGUCGUGUCGCUACGCUUCUCUGCGGUGAGCAACGACGUCUUUAUAACAACAACAGCAGUGCUGCUGCUGCUGCUGCCACUGCUGCGGUGAACGGUGACAGCCACCCCGUGACCUGUGACCCCCACCCCGUGAACGGUGACACCCACCCCGUGAACGGUGACACCCACCCCGUGAACGGUGACACCCCAUGGGUGGAAAAAACCCGAUUUUUCCAGCUGCAGGCAUCGGGUUUUUUCUUUAACACAAUUAAACCCGAUUUCGGGGAAUUAAAACCUGGUUUAAUGAAUACGAAACUCUGAUAGGCUUAGGCUGCUUCCUCGUCGGUGCUGCUAUGGUACUCGGGCCGUCGGGCACGGGGUAGUCGUAGAAUGCGGCGGGCAGGUUGGUCUUAAUGAACACGAGCUUCUCCACAAUCGUGGGCGCCAGUGAGUUCCUUAGCUUGGAAUGGAUGAAGCCCAUCGUUGAGAAGUGCGGUUCUGCAAUUAGAACCAAUGAAACCGGAUUUCUCUCAAUCUUAGAUGAUCGGGUUUAAUAUAAAAAGACAAUUAAACCCGAUUGUAAAAAACCCGACUGUGCCACCCUUGUGACACCCACCCUGUGAACGGUGACACCCACCCCGUGAACGG